AUGGACGCCUACAACCUUGGGCUGGAUCCCAAGGACAACAUCAUUGCAAAGCACAUAGAUUUUCACCCGCAGCUCUGCGUCCUAGCUGCCGGUGGAAUAUACAAGGAGUCUGGAGCGGUCAAGUUUGUGUGCAGACGCUCUCAGUGCGGCCCAGACGAGAACAUGUUUGAGGUCUCCCUCGAAGAGGUACUCCCUCUGAACUCUGUCGAGGCCUUGCGCUUCUCUCCCAGCGGCAGAUUUUUGGCUGUGGCGGGCUGUGACUCUGAAUCAUACAAGCUCUUGGUCUACCACUUCCGGCCGAGCACGGCCGAGAUCCAGGGCCUUGAAACUCUUCCUAACCUAGUGCCUACUUCUGCUGCCAUCCUCCCCAGUGAUUUUUCUGUGCUGUCUGACUCCGAGGGCAAUAUGCUGACGCACUUCCGACGCUUCUUGAUAGAUACUUGGCCCACGAGCAUCGUGUGGUCUCCGGAUGGAACGUCGAUUGCACUCGCUGGAGGAAACGGAACGAUCACUAUUAUCCCAGUUUGUACAGACAACCUCUUUUACAACUCAGUCAGCGACGAGCGUCCGCGGGACUCAAAUCCACAAACAGUCAAAGUUAGCUCGUCACAACUCCUGAGCAUAUCGUGGUCCCCUUGUGGAUCCAUCCUAGCUGCUCAAUCUCUGUCGUCCCUAUUUCUCAUUCUUCGAACACGCACUAAGAACGGACACGCGUCCUACUCUCUCAGAUCCAAAGUGUCUUCAGUGGAUAUAAAGCUUCUGGGAGAGUUCCUAGCCUUCGGGCGCAUGACUACUCCCGGUGAAUAUGAAAGAUAUCUCAGAGAUUGCUUCUUGCGAGAUGAUAGUGGGGGAAUAAUAAAUCCACCUCAACAGCCUGAAGAACUUGCCAGGGCUCAGAUGGCUUUGCUUACCCAAGGAUCCAAGAGUCUUUCUGAACACGCCACCUCUCCCUCCACUGUCAGUCUUUUUCUGGAACGUGGACCUGAAAAGGCCAUGAAUCAGGAACGGCGCUCUUUGCGGACCAUGUACGCCAUAUCUCUCUACCGACGCGGCUGUGCAUACUCUCCAGACGGGUCGUUCCUUGUUGCUACCUGCGGAUUCCUCCCAGUUGUACCAGACAACCGGGAAGACGAUAUACUGGGGUACACCUUCUGCUCGUAUGUCCUGUCUCGUCAGUCUCUUCUCCUGGACAGAGACAAGUCCAUGGCUCCUGACAUUGUCUUGCCCGGACACCGCUUUCCGUCUGUAGACGUUGCCUUCUCACCACAUCUUUAUGAGCUGUGUCCGGGAAUUCCAAACUACUCUGGGCUUCCUUACAGCAUGAUCUUUGCCAUCGUCGCAGGCUGUGACGUUCACUUUUAUACUACCCAGGACUUUUCUUGCAUAGCCGUGUUCAAGGGAGAGAGCUACCAAACAGCUUUUCUAACUUGUGUGUCGUGGUCUCCCCAUGGGGACAUGCUUUGUGCAUUCGGAGCGUUCUAUCAGUAUCUCUUUUUGACCCUGCCGCCAACAUGCUGCAAGACAUACAUAGGCGAGUCCGAGCGUAAGUACAUACAGGAUAUUGUAAAGCUGUCCCUGGCCUCUCUCCAAAGGGAGCAGCAGCUAGCAAAGGAGCAGUACAAGCGCCUUUACUAUGUUUACAAGACGCGGCUUAAUAGCUCCACGGCAGAGUCGGGCGUUAAUCAUCGCUACUUUGCUGCCCCGAAGAAGCCUGUUGUCAAGCACUCCAGCUAUAAAGAUGUCAUGCAGCUCUUCUUGGGUGCCUCUGCAGCCAGCGAAGAAGUGAAUGGCAGCGGUAGAAAGCUUGCUAUGGUGCCGUGCUUCGUGCUUAGUAGGCGGCUCUACGACUAUCACUUUGUACCGCCCUCUCCUCUCUUUUUUACAGAAGCAGACUUAGACCUGGAGUUGCUGAAGGCAGAGCUGGGUGCAGACACAGAGAUUCAGCAGCAAUUGAACACUCCUGAGGCGCCGCGGCAUACCAGAUCGCGGAAAAGGCUCAGAGACACCUCGCCACCUCCACUACUGUCGCCUGCUGCUGUUUCAGCUCCAGGAGGAGAACAGCCACACGGCCACGUGGAUAGAGGAGCGCUACUAGAUCAGAUGGCGCACAGCAAACCGGCCACAGACGAACAAGGGCACAGGCUGCCUAUCUACGACAAAGAUUAUGCACAGCUCGCCAUCCAGCUGGUCGACAUAGCCAAAACAUCCAAGGCAGCACGACGCAAGACAGGCGGCAGAAGGAAGAAGAACCCAGCUGUGUGGCGCUACAGGGGCUGGGUCUCGAGCUCCGAGGAAGAAAGCUCGGACUACUACUCCAGCGACGAACCAUAG